AUGGAAGCUACGCGGCGUCUGCGCGCCGUCCACCCGCUCGGCGUCUACCCCCUGGGCAAUGCCUUGGUCGAUCCCGGUGCCUCUUCGCGACGCGCCUCAGGGCUCGGUGUUUUGCGACGGUUGGGUGACGAGCGCCUGCUGGCUUUGCUCCGGCUUUUGGAUCCCCGGAGCCUCGCCCGGUCCUCCGCCGCCUCGCCGCUGCUCCGGGCUUUUGCUGGCAGCGAGGAUCUCUGGCAGGUGCACUGCCUCCGGGAACUGCUGGCGUCUGCGGGCGGCGAAGGAUGUACUGGGCCUGCGCUCCGCUGGGGAGGUUGCAGCUGGCGGGAGGCUUUUGCCUUCAGCCACGGCACGAGGCCUCCGCCUGCAAAGCCUCAGUCGAGGGUCUACAGUGACGUGCUUUACCGCGGCUUCUACUAUGCCGCGACAGAGUUGCAGGAGUCCUGGCUCGAGGCAGACACUUUGCCUCGCGUCCAGGCAUCGGAGCUCUCCACCGAGGAGUUCAUCCAACGCUUCGAGCAGAAAAGCUGCCCCGUCGUGUUGGAAGGCUGUGUGACUGAUUGGCCGGCAAUGAAGACUUGGUCGCGGGAGGACUUCCUCAGGCGCUUCGGGGACACGCGUUUCGCGGCCGGAGCCUGCGACUUUCCCCUGCAGGAGUUCUAUGCCUAUGCGGAUCGAAACAUGGAUGACGUUCCCAUGUUCAUCUUCGACAAGUACUUCUCCAGGCGAGCGAAGGCCUUGCUGGACGAUUACGAGGUUCCUCGCUUCUUCCGUGGCCGUGACCUCUUCGACCUUCUUGGCGACCAGCGACCCGACUUCCGGUGGCUGCUCAUCGGGCACCGGCGGAGCGGCUCUAAGUGGCACCUGGACCCGAACAAGACUUGCGCCUGGAACGCCGUGGUCCGGGGUCGGAAGCGCUGGCUGCUCUUGCCACCAGGAUGCCCUCCGCCCGGCGUCCACCCGUCGAAGGAUGGCGCAGAGGUCACGCAGCCUCUCAGUUUGCUGGAGUGGUUCGCAAACUUCUACGAAGAGCUCAAGAGACAUGUUCAGCUGAACUCCGCUUGGGAGCUGAAGGAGGGAACCUGCGGGCCGGGCGACCUGGUCUUCAUCCCCAGUGGCUGGUGGCAUUGCGUCCUAAAUUUGGACGAUGACACGAUUGCAGUCACCCAGAACUACGCUUCCGAAACCCACGUCCACGGGAUUCGCCGCUUCUUGUCGGAGAAGAAGGAGCAGGCCAGGAGGCUCGGAUUUUCUGCGACGUUGGGUCGAGACUUCGUAGGUGAGGCCUCUGCAAGUGCCAUGCGUCUAGGCUCUUGGUCAGUAAAGGUUGCGGGGCUGGUAGCAGGCAGCAUUCAGAGGACCGUGGCUAUGGCCAUGUCGUUAGCUGAUCCCGGCGAUGCCCGAGCCCCUCCCCGCGCCAGCGAUUGCGUGUGGCACAUGUUGGACGGGAAAUGGUUGUCGCCACGACAGUGCGCUGGAGUGCCCCCGCGCUACCUCUUUCCUGGCAAGUUCUACGUGCAGAGAGCGCAGUCGCGCAGUCAUGUUUGCCGGCGAUGUGGCAGGAAGUUUGAUGUGAGCUUGCUGACGAUAGGCUACCCCACAACGGGCACGCGGGGUGACAGGAACGCCACGGCUGUUUGGAUGCAUGUGACGUGUGCUGCCAAGGAUGCAGAGUUGGUUGAAAUUGCGAGGCAGGGACGCGAAAAGAUGCUCGAGGCGGUUCUUGCCUUUGAUGCGCUGCCAGAUGCUGUGCAGGACUCCCUCAUGGACGAGAUUCUCGGCCUAGGUGUUCCCGGCUCUUCGCCUGUUCUGGAAGAGCCCGUAUUUCCAGAGAGUCAGACGGGCACCGGGUUCAGGAUCGCCCCAGCAAAGGCACCCGCGUCAUUGCGUGGGUCUUUGCUGCCUUUUCAGGCGGAGGGUUUGGCUUGGAUGUUGCAGCAGGAGGAAGGGGAGUGUCGUGGUGGUAUCCUUGCAGACGAGAUGGGGAUGGGAAAGACCUUGCAGAUCAUAUCGCUGAUCCUUUCAAGUUCGGCCUCACCAACCUUAGUGGUGGUGCCCUUGACAAGUCUUUACCAAUGGGAGCAGGAGAUCCAACGCUUUGUGAGUCCAGGAAGCCUGCAGCUCUUCACGUUGUACGGUGCAGGAAAGGCUUUGCCAGAGGAUGUGGGCACAGGCAGACGCCGGAAGGUUCUGGUGCUGACGACUUUCAGCAAGUUGGAGAGGGAACACCGAGAUUCGCGCGAGCUUGCUGUGCCAGAGGGCCAGGCCCUGCCAUCAAAACGAAAGAGGUCUGCAUGCGAGGCACUCGCGGAGCCUCCGCUCUUUCAGAUUCCUUGGCAACGAGUGGUGCUGGAUGAGGCCCAUCGCGUGAGAAACCUGGCCUCCCUCACCAGCCAGGCAGCGCUGAGGUGUGUCUCAAUCGGCCUAGGCACAGGCUCCAAGAAGCAUGCCUUGCUUUGCGAGCUGUCCCCCAUGGUCCGCUUCCUGCGAUUGCGGCCCUUUGCCUAUCUGAGAUGCGCCAGAAAGGGCUGUAGCUGUGAGUGCUUUGACGUCCAGUGCGAUCCCGGCACGCAGAAGUGCCGCGAGUGCAAGCACAGCCGGAUGCUGCACCGGAGCAUUUUCACAUCCGAGAUUCUCACUCCUAUUCGACAGCAUGGCUUCCGGGACAGAGGCAAAGUCGCAAUGGAGACUCUCCGCUUUGAGGUUUUGCAAAAGCUGCUCCUGCGCAGAACGAAGCUUGCCGUCGGCAUUGGGCUUCCGCCGAUGCAUGUGUCCGAGCACAAGGUCAAGCUGAGCAGCCCUGAGCGGCACCUCUACGACUCUGUGAGAGCUCAAAGCCUGGCCGUGUUCGAAGACUACGCAACGAAUCUGACGAAAAACUUCUGCCACGUCUUUGCCCUUCUUGCGCGCCAGCGCCAGGCUGCCUGCCACCCCCUCUUGGUGAAUCACAACAAGGUCUUUUCUGGGAGAUGCCCGCUUUGCCAAGGCAUGGCCGAGACGGUCCUGGAGUGUGGCCAUGGCUUCCACGAAGACUGCUGGGCGGACUACGUCAGGGACAGAUUGCACGAUUCGGAAGGUGAGGAGGAGCCGUCUUGCCUUGCCUGUGCUUGGGGGGCGAUGCCCGGAAAGGAGUUUUUGCAGGAGCUUUCAGGGAAACUCAGAAGUUCCAGCAAGCUGGAUGCUGUGGCCAGCCGAAUCGAGCAGCUUCUUCGCGAGGAUCCUGCUGCAAAGUUCUUGGUCUUCUCCCAGUUCACACACUUCCUUGAGAUAGCGCACUGGAAGCUUAAGAAAUGGGGAGCCGGCCUCCUCUGUGGCAAUACUCAAGUGAAGAAGAGGCAGGGCAUUGUAGAAUCCUUCCAAUCCGAUCCCAAGCUUCGCAUCCUCCUCAUCUCUCUGCAAGUCGGAGGCGAGGGCUUGAACUUGCAAGCAGCCAACUUCGUCCUGCUGCUCGACCCCUGGUGGAACCCUGCUGCCGAGCUGCAGGCGAUGCAGCGUGCGCACCGAAUCGGGCAGAGCCGGCCGGUGCAGGUGAUCCGUUUUGUGUCGCAGGGCACGAUCGAGGAGAAGAUCCUGGAGCUGCAAGGAAAAAAGCAGAAGAUCUUUGACAGCACGAUCGAAGGCAACAACGAAGCUUUGCUGCGGCUCACUGGGGAAGACAUCCAGCGUCUUUUCCGCGAGUGA